UACACUCGGUUCAUCGGCUAGAUUAUCCCUCCUCCCCCCACCUCUUCGCAAUCGCAGCAAGCGAUUAAUCGCCGUGGUUGUCGUGAUUAUUAUUAUCAUCGAUUGUCAUUACGGAGGACGGCGACGCCUGAGGGCCUGGGCUUUGUCGUCACCCGCGGCCUUCCCCUCACCCAUCGCCGCUGUUGUUUAUGUUUUUUUUUAAGCUUUCACUUUCGCAGUUACUGCUGCUGCAUAAGAAGAAGAAGGAGCUAGACCGCGAUGCCGAGAGGCGCGAAGAGGCCCUCACGACGGGGACGAGGAGGGCUGUGCCUCGGGGGAGACGACGACGAGGAUGAGGAGGAGGAGGAGGGGACCGAGGUGGUGAGGAAGACCAGGAGGUCCAAACAGCCACGAGGUGGAGAUGACGACGAGGCGAAGGAGGUACAGAACAAUGCGGACACGGAAAAGGAGGUGGAGGGGACAUCCAGUGAAGAGGUGACUGAAAUGAGGAGGAGUGCCGGACGAAAACGUCGGGGGACUAAUAAGGACACGGUGGCUCCAAAGAAGCCUCGCAAGCGUAGGGCCACCCAGGCUGCACAUGACCCAGUGGAGGCUCCGGUCAAGGGCCUGGGCAGGAAGACCACUAAAACAGAGACCGGCAGUCCUUCUCAACCCAAAGCCGACGUCUCUGUGGGUCCAAUGCUUGGAGCAAGCGGCGGAAACUCAGCCGGGAGAGGAAGCCACAAGUUUGUUGGCGGUCACAUGUCCAUUUCAGGCGGGCUGUGGAAGGCCGUGGAGGAGAGCGCUCAGCUGGGCGCCCGAGCCUUCGGCCUCUUCCUGACGUCGCAGCGGACGUGGCACACGAAACCACUCGACCCGUGCGACGCCCAGCGCUUCAGGGAGACGUGCAAGCAGCUCGGAUUCACGCCGGACCACAUCGUCCCGCACGGAUCCUACUUGCUCAACUGCGGCUCCCCCAGCACAGAGACGUUUGAAAAGAGCCGAGCGGCGCUCGUGUCGGAGCUGCAGCGCUGCGAGAAGCUGGGGCUCGUGCUCUAUAACUUUCACCCGGGGUCAUCGUGCGGCCAGGGCUCCACGGACGCCUGCCUGGAGCGCAUCGCCUCCGCCAUCAACUAUGCGCACGAGCGCACGCGUGGCGUCGUGACCGUGAUAGAGAACAUGUGCGGCCAGGGCCACACGGUGGGCGGUCAGUUUGAGGAGUUGCGCGGCAUCAUCGACCUCGUUGCUGACCAGAGCCGCAUCGGCGUCUGCCUCGACACGUGCCACGCCUUCGCCGCAGGUUACGACGUCUCGUCGCAGGAAGGGGUGCAGCACACACUGGAUGAGUUCCAUCGCAUCGUCGGACUCAAGUUCCUCAAGGCCGUGCACCUCAACGACUCCAAGGGGAAGCUGGGCUGCCACCUGGACCGCCAUGAGAACGUGGGGCGUGGCCACAUUGGCCUGGAGGGCUUCCGCGCCAUAAUGAACGCGCCGCAGCUCGACCACCUGCCCAUGAUCUUGGAGACGCCAGGAAGUCCCUCAUUUGGGUACGAAGAGGAGAUCGCGCUGCUGUACUCACUGUGCCGCUAGUGCCACGGCUUGCAGGUGGUGGGCGACCAGGCGUACCCGCAACCUGACGAGACAACGACCCUGUGGCCCCCAAUACCUCGUUACCUCGGGCAGGCCAGCCCCUGUGGUUUGUGGAAUUUCGAGCAUAAGAUGACUCCCAAAGUGUUCAGUGACGUCAACGUUCGAGUCAAACGUUCUUUAAAAAAUGCAACCUAUCCAUGUUUCUCAGAUGUGAUGCCUUAGAUAUUUUACGUUGUUGUACUUCUAUGUCUGUACACCAGUGAAGUCUGUUACCUAUUUUCAUAAUAAAGCCCCUAUUUCUUAAUA